GGUAUAAGUAUUGUCGAGGCCAACACCUAUAUCUGCAACCGUCAGUGCUGUUUCCAUCCAUCCACCGUACCCAAGACCAAAGAUGGGUUCUCUCCCAGAACCGCCUCCAGGUCUCGACCUCGACGAGACCAAAGUCCCAGCCCUUGUCUCUGGCUUUGUCCUGACCUGGGUUUUCGGGGCUGUCAGUAUCUGUCUGCGUAUCACAUCGCGAAGACUUGUUCAGAACCAGCUCUGGUGGGAUGACUGGCUCAUUGUUGUUUCGCUGCUAUUCUCUGCUGGGUUCAUGUUUGACGUAACCUGCUACAUGACUACUCGCGGUGGCUUUGGCAAACACAUCUGGGCUGCACCGCUGGACGGACUUGAGGUUUACUUUCACGGCUUAUUUAUCGCCGAGUACCUGUAUACCAUGAGCAUUGUCUUGGUUAAGUGGUCUAUACUUGCUCUUUACUGGCGGAUUUUUGGCUCGGUGCGCUCAACCCGGUUACCCAUCUGUAUUUUAUUUGGCAUUAUUUCAGCUUGGGGAAUCGCCGUCAUCCUCGUUUCGACUUUUCAAUGCCUGCCCGUGUCCGCAUUUUGGCUUCGGUUCGACCCCAACGGCGGUAGUGACAUGAUAUACAAAUGCCCAGUUAACGUCAGAAUGUUCUUUAUUGCAAAUGCAAUACCGAAUAUCAUCACCGAUAUAUUAAUUCUUCUCGUUCCCGUCCCGGGAAUUUGGAGCCUACAACUGCACACCGCGAAGAAGAUAGCAGUCUUGGGCAUCUUUGCGCUCGGCCUAUUGUAAGCAGACCUGCACGUCGCAAGUUAGGAUUUGUUGAUUGGGGCUAAUUCAAUCCUCGGACCAGUGUCACCGCCGUGUCUUUCGUCCGGCUGUACUAUGUGGUUGCGCUCGACUUUUCCAGCAUAGAUGUCACUUGGUUGUUUAGCGAAGAGAUGAUGUGGACUGGAAUCGAAGUCAACGUUGGGACCGUCUGCGG